AUGUUUAUCCCAAAACCUCGCGUCUUCGCAUCCCGCGAUGAGAUCCUGGACCAUCUUCGUGGUGAGCUGGAAGCAAGUCACCGACAACACUGUUUUCACUACUCGGCAUGGAGGACUUUAUCGCCCUGCCCAUUCGUCAAGGGCUCCUGCUCCGCAUUCCUCCACACCCUCGUUACGGACUUUAGUCCCACGCACUAUGAGGAUUGUUGCAACAAGACUCUCCCCAUAUACGUCAUGGGGACCAAAGAUCCGAGGCUUUUUAGCUGGACUUUGCACCGCUGGCUAUAUCUCAAGUGGUACAAGCCCUAUCGAAAUGAUAUCGAGCACAAUCAAUUCAUUGCCAAAAUGUUCUUUCCUUGUCUGCCUCCGAAGGAUACACCGCUGGAUUCGAUAGUCGCCCUUGUGAAUGGGCUACACGGCAGGAUCUGUGACCAAGUUGUGUCUUACCAAAAGGAGGCGGCGCACCUCCCGGUUGGUCCCUAUGAAUAUCCUGAUCAACCAUUAUCCUAUUUUCGGGAUCAGAGAUUCCUCAUCCUCCAGCCUCUUUUCAAAGCAUUUACGAUUAUCGUAAUGAAAGAAGACUGGAAUAUUACUAUGAUGGAUAUGGGAAAAAUGCAGGUUAUCAUCAGCUUGACAGGUCAGGAGGAGGGAUUAAGUGCAGGAUUGACAUUUGACUCCAUCAAGAACCACGUCACCAACUUCGUAUCCGAGACAGCAGUCAAGGUACCUUUGGGCAUCGUGAUUGACUUCGUCUUGGCACUGAGCGAGCGAGAAAUGGCUGUUUUUGGUAUCCUACCAGACCCUGUAGAGUCAACAAGGGGUCCCCGGCGUUUGUAUGAAUCGAUGUCCAUGACCGUCGAUGAGUAUGUGCAAAGCCUGGGCGGAGGGAACGAACCUGUCGACGGACGUAGUUCGACCUGGAUUGAUACAGAGACUCAUACUGGGUGGCCGGCAGAGUCCGCAUUCCGUGAGAAAUACUAUGGUUGCUUGGAAGAUAAUCUGCGAUGGGGUUUAAUUCUAGAGCGUUCUGGUCUUAAUUCUAUCCCUCGCUCGAAGCCCACACGCCGCUGCAGUAUAUGA